UAGAGCCACUAGAGCAUAGAAAGCUUUGCGGAACUGCUACGGCAUUGCUAAAUAUAACACGGGCGGUUCGGCGAUCCUACGUUUUACUUGCGCCCAUCGCAAUGUGUUCUCUAACACAUGUCAAACACAAAUGCCUUCGUUUACUCAACAACAAGCAGGCAAAAUGACAAAAAGAAGGCAUACAAACAUCGACGGUGACGGCAUAUGCUUCCAGAUUUACGCUGGCCUGCCGCACGAAUCGCCCUUUCGAAACACACUGUCGCACGUCCGUGCUUUCUGUCACAUCGUGGAGCUAAUCUUCACCCAGCUGACGGCGCCGACAACGCGGAAUAGUACAGUACGUACAACCGCUACAGACGAUAGCGCUGGAUCUUAUCAGGACCAACAGCGACCCUGUGUUUUCCGCGCCGCCGAACUUGGAUAGCUUCAACGUGCGAGUGGCCGCUCCGCCUUCGUCAUCUCGGAAGUCAGCGCUGCUGCGGUGAUAUAUAUGUUGACCACAAAGAAGCAUAACUGCCCGGAGCGAUUUGCGCAGAACCUUAGCGCACGGCGGCAGGGCUGGAAUACACAGCGGCAAUCCGUUCCUCUUUAUUGUGCAGGGCGAAGCCAUGGCCAAAGCUGAGCCUGAGAAGUACCCGCUCGAUCUGAACGUCGUGCAGAGCUUGGACCUGAACAAGAACGGCUUGGAGGCGUGCACGCUGUCCGAGGCCCUGGCCGCGGGAUACAAGAACGCAGCGCACGCCAUGCUUUGGGCUCCAACUGACACGGUCGUCUUGCGGCGCUACCGGCAGAAAGCCACGAUUUUGGCGGUGGUGCGCUACGACGGCUACCUGGGCUUCCCCGGAGGCCUGGUGGACCCGGGGGAAAGUCCCGUUCAGGCCGUGAACCGCGAGCUGCGCGAGGAGUUGAACGCGGACGCGUCCCGGAUCUCGCCCACAGAGAGCGACCACGUGAUCAGCUUCAGGCACAAGGAGCGCCGCUUCGCGUACCACUUCUACGCGCUGCGGCUGACGGCCGAGGAGCUGUUGGCCACUGAGCGCGACGCCAUCGGCAGCCGGGAGCACGGAAACGAGACGCUGGGCAUCCUGCGCGUGCCCCUCUACAGCAUGGCCGACGGUGUGGGUGGCUUCCCCGUGUUGCUUGCACAGCGCUUCGCCGGCUGCGCACGUCAGCAGCUUCUCUACACCAUCGUCAGGCUGGGUUUGCUGGACGAGGCCGCGGCGCGCACUGCAAUCGCCCAGAGUGAGGCCGCGUUUAGCUGCAAGAGGAAGUAGUCGUUUUUGCCGGAUAAUUUUACGCGCAAGCUGCGGUGCCUUAUUGAUAGUGACGCCAGUGGGUAAUAAAUCCUGCCUGAACUGAUCGACGUCAUUCUCUCCAAUGACGCUAAAGCGAACGAAUGUCACGCGCACAGGCUUCAGAAUUAAAAAAGUUGCUGUA